CUUCAGAGGUCCUUUGAAUGCAUGUGGCGCGCUGUGAGAAACCAAGGGGUAAAUAGUUUAGUAGACUGGCGGAGACUUUGAGUCACCGAGUGACUUUUCAUUUAUCCAAACAUUAUGUUAUCCACAGAGCAAAGCUGUUGGUUUAUCCGCAAGGUAAUUUGCUGGAGAGCUGCGGCCAGCAUUGCUUGGGCUGUCCUGUUGUUGCCACCCAUCACGUUAGUUUUUGUGGUCAUCAGCAAGUUCAGUUUUCUCCAUCCCAUCCAGACGAUAUCAGAAUGCUUGUACCUACUAACAAGUGCAAGCGGCAUCUUUUCUUUCAUCUUGUUGUGUGGAGUUAUCCUCAUUGUUGGUUUCUUGCACUUGGAGUAUUACACAGUCAUUCCAACAAUUGCGUGCUCGAAAAUUGCACUCUUGGGUCAGCUGCUCCACCCUCAGCAGUUGAUCAACUCCCUUGUCCACUGCUUCAUGGGAGUAAUCGUGGCUUGGUGUUGUGCUGUCACCAUGGGUUUUAGAUACAAGACACUUGGCUAUCCGUGUACACAGAGUGAUGGUCACCCUCAGAUGUGUCUGAAUGAGUAUCAUCUCAUCCUUCUGCUGGCGGGAGCUUUUGUUGGAUUCUGUCACAGUUUGCUGGGUGUGAUCUACAACAUGAACUAUGUCUCCUUCCACACUGUUCAGCAAUACAAAUACCUUCGCUUCAAGAGAUCCCUGCCUUUGGUGGUGAAGUGCAGUGCCACUCAAGCACUUUACUCUGUCAGGAACUUCAUUGUUGUGUAUUUAUUUUAGUAUGUUAAUUAAAUAUUAACAGGAUACAUUCCAAGAACAUGGAUCUGUAAGACACUGAAUCUUCAUUUGGACAGCUCUGUCCACCCUCUUGACAGCAUAGCUGGACUGCUUGACCUCUCUCUGCUCUAUCACCUCUGGAGCAGUGCCACUUUCCUUCUCCUCACGUGGAACAUCACCCUGCUGCUCUUUAGGAUUUUUGUCACUGAGGUGUACAGUUUUCCUGUACAGUCAUCUUUUACUGAAGAUUCCCAUCAAUGUCUUCCUAAAGUUCUUACUGAGAAGCAGCCAAUGAUAUUGAAAUUUCUAGCUCUGCAGGACUUGGCUCUGUUGUCUCAACAUUCUCCUUCACGACGCUGUGAAGUCUUCAGUCUGAGUCAGCCAGGAGGACAUCCUCAUAACUGGAACGCCAUCAGCAAAGAGUGUCUAUCUCUGCUGACUGAUCUGACUCAGCGACUUGUAGCCUAUCAUGAUACGGUAGCAACGAAUGGCAGAGCAAAAUCACUGUCCAGUGGGAGUGAAAGGAAGACUUCAUCUGAGACAUCAGGUACAGAAGACCUGAUGAGUCCAAGACCUGUUUUUUUGAUGAAAACCCCAGCUUCAGUGUUUGCUCGCUCCGUUGCUGGAACCCCACAAAGUCCUUUGACAUCACUGUUCACUCCUGACCUGGACAGCCCCUUUGCUUCUCCUGCCCUGCGUCGUCUUGCUGCUCCAGUGGAGCAAUGCUCACCCUGGUAUGGCACAGUGCAGAGCCCACACAUCAUGAGGAGAGCACCAAAACUCUGGUCCACCUCCACAGAUUCACAGGUCAAUGGCAGUCCCACACCAUCCCCAGCCUCAGUUCCUAGUCCAAAGCAGGAACCCUCCAAACCAAGUUUUUUGGCUCAGUUCCUCCAGAACAGAAAAGAACAGGUUAAAAAUUUCUUGGCAAAGCGGGUGCUGAUAAUGUAUUUGUUUAACAAGCUUCCAGAAGCUUCCAGUCAGGCUCUUUUUGCUGACAGCCAGGCUCAUAUUUGGGCUUUGGAAGGGCUGUCUUACCUUGUUCAGGCUUCAUUCUCAGAAGACCAAUUUGGAGUUGUACAGACUACAUUACCCAGCAUUCUCAGCUGCAUGCUGGUCUUGCAGGAGGCUGUAGAUCGACACUUCAAGCUACCUCAUGCCUCCAGUAAACCCGUCAGGUCGACCAGCAGCAUGGGAGAUUCGACUUAUAAAACAUUGCGCUUUGCUCUCAGGGCCACGCUCAAGACUGCCAUCUACAGGAUUGCAACUACUUUUGGAGAUCACUUAAACGCUGUUCAGAUUUCUGCGGAACACCGGAAAAGAUUGCAGCAGUUUCUGGAGUACAAGGAAUAAGACACCUGAUAGUGGCUCUGGUUCCUUCAGAUUCUUAUCAGUGCGAGUGAUGUUUGUCUCAAGACAUCAGCUUCACUUAAGCAACAAGUGACAGCCCACAAUAGUGGCUCUUUUAAUAUUUAUUUCUGCACUAUGUUGUGGUGGAUUGUAUUUGAUAGGCUGGAUCACAUCUCCCACAUGCAUGAGGUAUAUGCAGACAUUACCUUCUGUGUUUGGGAGAUAAAACUAGUGUACUUACUGUAUAAGCAGUCCAUUCCAGCAGAGGUUGGUUUCAAUUGUAUUGCAGGUAAAUAAGAACAUUUGACUUGUCAAUGAGGAGGAGUUGUAAAGGGCUAAUUGAGCUGCAUUUUCUUUAAGUUUCAUAUUUCAGCUGCUGUCCUUUUGACUCAUGUUUUAUAUUUGCUAUGAGUGAGAGAGAUGGCGUGUUAACCAAGAAACAGUUUCAUGAGUGUCUGACAUACUUCCAUGAAAUGUUUUCAUCAAUCUGGUUUUGUUCUCAACACUAGGAGAAUGCAAGCUGUGUGCAUCAGCUCAGUAAAUACACUUUAGUCAAAUUUGCAGAUUAGACACCUGUGUUUGCACACUCGUGUGUUUUUGUCGGAUUUGUUCGUGUGAGAUGAGUGUGUCGUGUCACAUCAGGGGCACAGAUUUGGUGCAACUGGUUACAAGUGUUGGUAAAUGUUUUGUCACUGCCAACGUGAGUUUGAUUUUUCACUCAAAGAGCUGUUGAAUAAAAAAUGUCAAUUUA